CAUCUCUGUUAUGAAAUAGAGACUUUCUCUCUUAUUGACAAGAAAUCUAUCAAGGUUGAAAAUGUUAUGGAUUUUAGUUGGUCGCCAGCAGAUCCAAUUCUUGCACUUUUUGUUCCUGAAUGCGAAAAUCAACCUGCCAGGGUCAGUCUUGCGCAAAUCCCAAGCAAAGAGGAGUUGAGGCAGAAGAAUCUCUUCAGCGUUAGUGAUUGCAAAAUGUAUUGGCAAAGCAAUGGAGACUACCUUGCUGUCAAAGUUGACCGGUACACGAAGACUAAGAAAAACACUUACACUGGUUUUGAGCUGUUCAGAAUCAAAGAACGGGACAUUCCGAUUGAGGUUUUGGAGCUUGACAACAAGAACGACAAAAUCAUUGCAUUUGCCUGGGAGCCAAAGGGUCACAGAUUUGCUGUUAUCCAUGGCGACAACCCAAGGCCAGAGAUCAGUUUCUACUCUGUGCGGUCUGGCACUAAAACGAGCCGUGUUUCAAAGCUGACAACUCUUAAGGGAAAGCAGGCUAAUGCUCUCUACUGGUCACCUGGAGGCCGCUUCCUUAUUUUGGCUGGACUGAAAGGUUUCAAUGGGCAGUUGGAAUUCUUUGAUGUUGAUGAGCUUGAAACCAUGGCAUCUGCUGAGCAUUUUAUGGCCACAGAUGUUGAAUGGGAUCCUACUGGAAGGUAUGUAGCAACAUCUGUUACCUCAGUUCAUGAGAUGGAAAAUGGAUUCAACAUUUGGUCUUUCAAUGGAAAGCUGUUGUAUAGGAUACUUAAGGAUCAUUUCCUCCAGGUAACAGUCUUUCCAUACAUUGUUCGCUGUACUUGUUCCUACUUUGGCCUAUAAGCGACUUGGUCACACUGCUCGAAUUAU